UGGUCCUAGGCUACUGUCUUCUUUAUGUAUUCUUUGCAUCAAUAAUGGCAUCCAUCUCACAGCCUCAUCUGCCUGUAGUCUGUAUGCUCCUUCUCCAGGAUCCUUCGUCCCUGCAGCUCGGAUCCUUCAAGUGUUCUUCUCCAGUAGAAGAAGCCUCGAUUUGUAGCAGUUCAGAUCUGUAGCCCCUUGCCUCCUUGAAGGUCAUCAGAAAUGGCGAACCUGCAGAGCCAGCCGAGUCUUGCGAGUACAUUACCAACAAACCUACCGGUGACCUUCAUGAAGGAAAUUACCAGUGAUUUCUCUGUUGAGCGAAUACUUGGCCAAUCUGUUUUUGGAAAAGUUUAUCAGGGGGUUCUUCCAGAAGGGGGCCGCAUGAUUGCUGUGAAGAGGCUUGCUGAAAACGCACCAGUGCCGUCUGGCAUAACAUUUGAAACUGAGGUUACAAAUCUUAUGGCACUUAAACAUCAAAAUAUAGUAGAGCUGGUUCACUACUGCCACGAAUCGCAGAAGAAAGUGGUUCAGCAUAAUGGAAGAUAUGUGAUUGUGGACGUCAUCGAAAGCUGUCUUUGCUACAGAUAUCUACCAAAGGGGAGUCUUGACAACUAUCUUCUUUAUGCAGACACUGCUACAUCAAUAAACUGGGACAUACGGUUCAAGAUAGUUAAGGGGAUCUGCCAGGGUUUACAUUUCCUUCAUAAGGAAUUAGUUUGUGGGCCUCUUAUCCAUAUGAAUCUUGUGCCUAACUCGAUAUGGUUGGAUGACAAUUGGGUGCCAAAGAUUGCUGAUUUUGGACUCUCGAGACUCUUUGGCAAAGAGCAGACCCGGAUGUAUACAGUCAAUGUUAAGGGACAUAAUGGGUACAUAGCUCCGGAAUAUCUAUACAGAGGUGAAAUCUCCACCAUGUCUGACAUAUACAGUUUGGGCAUGAUUAUUCUUGAGAUUACGACCAGAGAGAGGAACUAUUCAGCUUCUGAAGACAGAUCUGCAAGACAGUUCGUCGAAAAUAUACAUCAAAUCUGGAAGACAGAUGAGCAAAUAAUGUACAAGUACCCAUCACUGGAUCCAAAUGGCCUUCAGCAAGUAAAAGCAUGCGUUGUAAUUGGACUGAAGUGUGUCGAAGCUGAUCGGAACAAGAGACCUUCCAUUGAAGAUAUUGUUAAUAAGCUCAAUGGGAGACGUGUACCAAUUUUUGACCAGGUGUGAACAAUUGAAACAUCGUUACAGUUUCAUUGUGUCGUGUUAUGUAUUAAGGAAAAAAUUAUUUCGUGGAUUCACUACUGUAAUUCCCUUCUUUGCCGACUGCCAAAAGCAGUCGGCAAAGGCCCUAAAACAGGUGGCAAAAGAUUUGCCGACUGCUUUACACGUGGCAGUCGACAAAGAACA